GGUGGGAGGGGGACGCGGCAGGGAGUGGCGCAGGCGCAGUGGCUGCAGGGCUUUGCAAUGGGCCCAGCUGCUGCUCCUCGACUGGGCCUCCUCCUCCUCCUCCUCUUCCUCCUCUUCCUCCUGCAGGGGGGCGCCGCCCGGGACACCCCCGCCCCGCCGGAUAAGAUCGCGGUGAUCGGGGCAGGCAUCGGCGGCACCUCGGCGGCGUACUACCUCCGACAGAAGUUCGGCAAGGACGUGCAGAUCGAUGUGUUCGAAAAGGGAGACGUGGGGGGCCGCCUGGCCACCCUCGAGAUGGAGGGGCAGGAGUACGAGGCCGGGGGCUCCGUCAUCCACCCCCUCAACCUGCACAUGAAGCGCUUCGUCAAAGAACUAGGUCUCUCUGUCACCCCGGGAGCCGGCGGCCUCAUGGGGAUUUACAACGGAGAGACGUUCGUGUUCGAGGAGAGCAGCUGGUACGUCGUCAACGUGUUGAAGAUCCUGUGGCAGUAUGGACUCCAGUUUCUCCGCAUGCACAUGUGGGUUGAAGACAUCCUAGACAAGUUCAUGAGGGUGUACCGCUACCAGGCCCACGAGUACGCGUUCAGCAGCGUGGAGGGCCUGCUGCACGCGCUGGGCGGGGACGAGUUCACGCGGCUGUUGAACGGCACGGUCCUGGAGGCCCUGCAGAAGGCCGGCUUCUCGCACAAGUACCUCCACGACAUCGUCACGCCCGCCAUGAGGGUCAACUACGGGCAGAGCGCCAACGUCAACGGCUUCGUGGGCGCGGUGUCGCUGGCCGGGGCGGAGUCGGGGCUGUGGUCGGUGGAAGGCGGCAACAAGCUGGUGUGCUCGGGCCUCCUGUCGGCGUCCGGAGCGCGCCUCGUCCCCGGCGCCGUCACCGCCGUCGAAGGGAGGACGCGGAGCGGCCCCACCGGAGGCGCGCCCCCCUCCUACCGGGUGGCCUACGAGACGGCGGGCGGGCCGGCCUCCGCCCUCUACAGCCUGGUCGUGGUGGCCGCCCCCCUCGACCGCCGCAUGGCCAACAUCUCCUUCGUCAACUUCUCGCCCCCCGUCCCGGAGUUCCACCGACACUACCACCAGACGGUGGCCACCUUCGUGCGCGGCCGCCUCAACGCCUCCCUCUUCGGCCGCGCGGCCUCCGGCCGCUUCCCCCUCACGGAGAUCCUCACCACGGACGGGCCCGACCUGUUCAUCAACAGCGUGGGGGCGGUGGCCCCCGUGAGCGGGAAGGGGGCGGCCCCGGCCGGGACGGCCGGGACGCCCUCGGCGGUGUGGAAGGUCUUCUCGCAAGAGCCCCUGAGCGAGGAGCAGAGGGACCUGCUCUUCGCCUCGUACGACGCCGUGCGGGAGCGCCGGUGGCUGGCCUACCCUCACUACCGGCCCCCGGAGAAGUGCCCGCCCGUCGUCCUCCACGACCGCGUGUACUAUCUCAGCGGCAUCGAGUGGGCGGCCAGCGCCAUGGAGAUGAGCGCCAUCGCCGCCCACAACGCCGCCCUCUUGGCCUACCACCGCUGGUACGGCAACACGGAGAUGAUCGACCAAGAGGGGCUCUACGAGAAACUCAGAACGGAGCUCUGAAGCCCCCGACCCCUCACGCCGCUUCUCCCUCUCUCUCCCUCUUCCCCCCCCUCUCCCUCCCCCCCCCG